UGUGACAUUAAGAGUUAAGCUUUGAAAAAGCAAGAGAAAGCGCCCUCCAUCCUCAAACCAAAUCGCUGGCCUCCGUCUCCAAACUGAGGAAAUGAAACUAAGAAUACAAAGGAAGGGGAAAGGAACUUUUUCAAGCAGUUUACUCUUAUUUCUCCACACCCCCUUUCCCCCCAAUAAAAAGAGGAGAAAGUAGGUUUCUUCCUGGCUUCUUUCCCCUAUUCCUAAGUUUGUUUUUUUAAAGAUACUUUGGCGUUUGUGAGGACUAUCUGAAAUAUCUGGGGGCUUGUAAUGCCGAGGGGAGGACAGAGCGCCGGCCACUUUCCUGCGAGGGCUUUUCUCGGAUCAUCCUCGGUGACCGGCCUCGCUUCAUCCCACCUGCCAUUCAGCGGCCAAGGAGAGGAGGGGGGAGUCGGGCUCAGCCCGGUUGCCCGUUUAAGAGGCGUGUCGUCCCUCCACGUGCUUUCGUUAAUGACCAGCCACAGUGUCCCUGCCCAGCGCUACCUCUGCUCCCUCCACUAUCUGCCUGGCUGAAGGGAGCUGUGGGUGUAUGCUGAGGAAAGAUGGCUUUUUGGUCUCAGCUGGGACUACUGCUUUGGAAGAACUUUACUUUUCGAAGAAGACAAACAUGUCAAUUAUUGCUUGAAGUGGCCUGGCCUCUGUUUAUCUUCUUCAUAUUGAUUUCUGUUCGACUCAGCUAUCCACCCUAUGAACAACAUGAAUGCCACUUUCCAAACAAAGCUAUGCCAUCUGCAGGAACACUUUCUUGGGUUCAGGGGAUUAUCUGCAAUGCUAACAACCCGUGUUUCCGCUAUCCAACCCCUGGUGAAUCUCCUGGUGUUGUUGGAAACUUCGACGAGUCCAUUCUUUCACGGCUGUUCUCAGAUGCUCGGAGACUCCUCUUAUACAGUCAGAAAGAUACCAGUAUGAAGGAUACACAGAAGCUUUUGGGAACUUUGCAGAGACUGGGGACUUUCAACUCAAGCAUGAAACUUCAGGAUUUCCUGGUGGACAAUGAAACCUUCUCUGGAUUUUUGCAGCACAACCUCACCAUGCCCUAUCCAGCUGUGGAGGAGGUUCUGGACACUGAUAUUGGUCUCCAACAGGCUCUUUUAAAUGGCUAUAAGUGGAAGCUGAAAGACCUAUGCAAAGAAUCAAACUUAACAAUUAAACUUCACAACCAGAAAACAGGAGGACUUUGUGAUCUGCCAAAAGAAAAACUAGAUGCAGCAGAACAAGUCUUCUCUUCCAACAUAGACCUUCUGAAACCUCUCCUGAAAGGAAUAGACUCCCAUUCUGUCCUGCCAAACCAGGAGCUGGUUGAAACAAUGAAAACUAUGUUAGAUAGUCUUGGAAAGCUAGCCAAAGAGUUAUCCAGCAUGAAGAGCUGGAGUGACAUGAGACAAGAGGUGUUAUUCCUGACCAACAUGAACGGUAGCAGUUCCUCCACCCAGAUCUACCAGGCAGUGUCUCGAAUCAUGUGUGGCCAUCCUGAAGGUGGAGGACUGAAGAUCAAAUCCCUUAAUUGGUAUGAGGACAACAACUACAAAGCCCUAUUUGGAGGAAAUAGUACCGAAGAGGAGGUGACAAAUUUCUAUGACAAUUCUACAACUCCUUAUUGCAAUGAAUUGAUGAAGAAUCUGGAAUCUAGUCCUCUUUCCCGAAUUAUCUGGAAGGCUCUAAAGCCUCUCCUUGUUGGAAAGAUCCUAUAUACCCCUGAUACUCCAGCCACAAGAACAGUCAUGUCUGAGGUGAAUAGGACUUUUCAGAACUUGGGUGUCUUCCAUGACCUGAAAGGGAUGUGGGAAGAGAUCAGCCCCAAAAUCUGGACAUUCAUGGAAAAUAGCCAGGAAAUGGAUCUCAUCCGGACUCUGUUGGAUGAUAAAAUCAACAGCAAUCUUUGGGGACAGCACUUGAAUGGUUUAAACUGGACGGUUUCGGACAUUGCAGCCUUUUUAGCUAAGUACCCAGAAGAUGUCCAAAUAGCCAGUGGUCCAGUGUACACCUGGAGAGAAGCUUUUAAUGAGACAAAUCGAGCAAUCCAGACAAUUGCUCGAUUCAUGGAGUGUGUCAACCUAGACAAACUUGAGCCAAUUGCUACGGAAGUUCGACUGAUCAACAAGUCUAUGGAGUUACUGGAUGAAAGGAAGUUCUGGGCUGGCAUAGUGUUCACUGGCAUUGCUCCUGAUAGUGUUGAACUACCUCACCAUGUCAAAUACAAGAUCCGGAUGGAUAUUGACAAUGUGGAAAGGACAAACAAGAUCAAGGAUGCGUACUGGGACCCUGGUCCUCGGGCGGAUCCCUUUGAAGAUCUGCGCUAUAUCUGGGGGGGCUUUGCAUACCUGCAAGAUGUGGUGGAGCAAGCCAUUAUCCGGACAUUGACAGGCUCUGAGGAGAACACUGGCAUUUAUGUGCAGCAGAUGCCUUAUCCUUGUUAUGUCGAUGACAUAUUUCUGCGGGUGAUGAGCCGCUCAAUGCCUCUCUUCAUGACCCUGGCUUGGAUAUACUCUGUGGCUGUGAUCAUUAAGGGGAUCGUGUAUGAGAAGGAGGCCCGACUGAAAGAGACCAUGAGGAUCAUGGGUUUGGACAACGGCAUCCUUUGGUUUAGCUGGUUCAUUAGCAGUCUCAUCCCUCUCCUUGUGAGCGCAGGGCUACUGGUAUUAAUCCUGAAGCUAGGAAACUUGCUGCCCUACAGCGACCCCAGCGUGGUCUUCCUGUUUCUCUCCGUCUUUGCUGUGGUAACCAUCUUGCAGUGCUUCUUGAUCAGUACGCUCUUCUCCAGAGCCAAUUUGGCUGCAGCUUGUGGUGGAAUCAUCUACUUCACACUCUACCUGCCCUACGUCCUGUGUGUUGCUUGGCAGGACUACGUGGGUUUCUCUCUGAAACUUUUUGCUAGCCUUCUGUCUCCUGUAGCCUUUGGGUUUGGUUGUGAGUACUUUGCCCUCUUUGAGGAGCAGGGCAUUGGAGUGCAGUGGGACAAUCUUUUCGAGAGCCCUCUAGAGGAAGAUGGCUUCAAUCUUACUACCUCAAUCUCCAUGAUGCUGUUUGAUACCUUCCUAUAUGGUGUGAUGACCUGGUAUAUUGAGUCUGUUUUUCCAGGUCAAUAUGGAAUUCCCAGGCCCUGGUAUUUCCCUUUUACCAAGUCUUACUGGUUUGGUGAGAAAAGUGAUGAAAAUGGUCAUCUUGGUUCCAGGCAAAAAGCAACUUCAGAAAUCUGCAUGGAAGAAGAACCCAGCCACUUGCGCUUGGGGGUUUCCAUUCAGAACCUGGUAAAGGUUUAUCGAGAUGGCAUGAAGGUGGCAGUGGAUGGCCUUGCACUGAAUUUCUAUGAAGGGCAGAUCACAUCUUUUCUGGGACAUAAUGGAGCUGGGAAAACCACCACCAUGUCCAUCUUGACUGGCUUAUUCCCCCCAACCUCGGGUACUGCUUACAUCCUUGGGAAAGAUAUUCGUUCAGAGCUGAGCACUAUAAGGCAGAACCUGGGGGUCUGUCCUCAGCAUAAUGUGCUUUUUGACAUGCUAACAGUGGAAGAACACAUCUGGUUCUAUGCCCGCUUAAAAGGGCUGUCAGAAAAGUGUGUAAAGGAAGAGAUGGAGCAGAUGGUGUUGGAUGUGGGUUUGCCACACAAACUGAAAACUAAGACGAGUCAGUUGUCUGGAGGAAUGCAAAGAAAACUGUCUGUGGCUCUGGCCUUCGUUGGAGGAUCUAAAGUGGUCAUUUUAGAUGAACCAACAGCUGGGGUGGACCCUUACUCUCGCAGAGGGAUAUGGGAACUGCUUCUGAAAUAUCGUCAAGGUCGCACCAUCAUCCUCUCCACUCAUCACAUGGAUGAGGCAGAUAUACUGGGUGACAGGAUUGCCAUAAUUUCUCAUGGGAAGUUGUGUUGUGUGGGCUCCUCUUUGUUUUUGAAGAAUCAGCUGGGAACAGGGUACUAUCUGACCCUGGUCAAGAAGGAUGUGGAUUCCUCCCUCAGUUCCUGUAGAAACAGCAGCAGCACAGUGUCUUACCUGAAAAAGGAGGACAGCGUUUCUCAGAGCAGCUCUGAUGCAGGUCUGGGCAGUGACCAUGAAAGUGAUACUCUGACAAUAGAUGUUUCUGCCAUAUCCAACCUCAUCACAAAGCAUGUCUCAGAGGCUCGGCUAGUGGAGGACAUUGGGCAUGAAUUAACCUACGUGCUCCCCUAUGAAGCUGCCAAAGAAGGAGCAUUUGUAGAGCUUUUCCAUGAAAUCGAUGACCGACUCUCUGACCUAGGCAUUUCGAGUUAUGGCAUCUCAGAGACCACAUUGGAGGAGAUAUUCCUUAAAGUAGCUGAAGACAGUGGUGUAGAUGCAGAGACCUCAGAUGGAACCUUACCUGCGAGAAGGAACAGACGUGCCUUUGGGGACCGCCAGAGCUGUCUGCGCCCAUUUACUGAAGAUGAUGCUUUUGAUCCCAAUGACUCGGAUGUAGACCCAGAAUCCCGAGAGACAGACCUCCUCAGCGGCAUGGAUGGCAAAGGCUCCUACCAGGUGAAAGGUUGGAAACUCACCCAACAGCAGUUUGUGGCCCUUUUGUGGAAGAGGUGGCUGAUUGCCAGGCGUAGCAGGAAGGGAUUUUUUGCUCAGAUCGUUCUGCCAGCAGUAUUUGUCUGCAUUGCCCUUGUAUUCAGUCUGAUUGUUCCUCCUUUUGGCAAGUACCCCAGUCUGGAACUGCAGCCGUGGAUGUACAAUGAACAAUACACAUUUGUCAGCAAUGACGCUCCAGAAGAUGCAGGCACUCAAAAACUCUUGGAUGCUUUGACCAAGAGCCCUGGUUUUGGUACUCGUUGUAUGGAAGGACAAUCAAUUCCGGAUAUGCCCUGUGAGGGUGGUGAGGAUAAAUGGACUACUGCCUCUGUCCCCGAGUCUGUGAUGGACAUUUUCUGGAAAGGGAACUGGACAAUGAAGAACCCUUCACCUGCCUGUGAGUGCAGUAGUGACAAGAUAAAGAAAAUGCUCCCUGUGUGUCCCGCUGGUGCAGGUGGAUUGCCUCCUCCUCAAAGAAUACAAAAUACAUCUGACAUCCUUCAGAAUUUGACUGGAAGAAACAUUUCAGACUAUCUGGUGAAGACCUAUGUCCAGAUCAUAGCAAAAAGCCUAAAGAACAAGAUCUGGGUAAAUGAAUUUAGGUAUGGUGGAUUCUCACUGGGUACCAGUAACGUGCGUGGAUUACCUCCAAGUAAUGAAAUUAAUGUUGCCAUCGACCAAGUAAAGAAAGUCUUUCAGCUGACCAAGGAUAGUUCUGCAGAUCGAUUUCUCAAUAGCUUAGGAAACUUCAUGACAGGACUGGACACCAAAAAUAAUGUCAAGGUAUGGUUCAAUAACAAGGGUUGGCAUGCCAUUGGUUCCUUCCUGAAUGUCAUCAAUAAUGCCAUCCUCAGAGCCAACCUGCCGGAGGGAAAGAAUCCCAACAACUACGGCAUUACAGCUUUUAAUCACCCUCUGAAUCUGACCAAGCAGCAGCUUUCCGAAGUGGCCCUGAUGACUACUUCAGUAGAUGUCCUUGUUUCCAUCUGUGUAAUCUUUGCAAUGUCCUUCGUCCCAGCCAGCUUUGUUGUGUUUUUGAUCCAGGAGCGCGUCAGCAAAGCUAAACAUCUACAAUUCAUCAGUGGUGUAAAACCUGUCAUCUACUGGCUUUCUAACUUCGUCUGGGAUAUGUGCAAUUAUGUGGUACCUGCCACCUUAGUCAUCAUCAUCUUCAUCUGCUUCCAGCAAAAGUCUUAUGUGUCUUCCACCAACCUUCCUGUCCUGGCUCUUCUCCUCUUACUUUAUGGGUGGUCAAUAACCCCUCUCAUGUACCCAGCCUCCUUUGUGUUCAAGAUCCCCAGCACAGCUUACGUGGUCCUUACUAGUGUGAACCUCUUCAUUGGGAUUAAUGGAAGUGUGGCCACUUUUGUUUUAGAGCUCUUCACUAACAAUAAGCUCAACAAUAUUAAUGAUAUUUUGAAGUCUGUGUUUCUGAUAUUCCCUCACUUCUGUCUGGGCCGAGGGCUAAUUGACAUGGUGAAAAACCAGGCAAUGGCUGAUGCACUAGAAAGGUUUGGAGAAAACCGUUUUGUCUCUCCACUCUCCUGGGACUUGGUGGGAAGGAAUCUCUUUGCUAUGGCCGUGGAAGGGGUGGUCUUCUUCCUCAUCACUGUACUGAUCCAGUACAGGUUCUUCAUCAAGCCCAGACGCGUAAUUGCAAAACUUCCUCCUCUAAAUGAUGAGGAUGAGGAUGUGAGAAGAGAAAGGCAGAGGAUAUUGGAUGGUGGUGGACAGAAUGAUAUUCUAGCAAUCAAAGAACUAACUAAGGUCUAUAGAAGCAAGAGGAAACCUGCAGUUGACAGGAUCUGUGUUGGCAUCCCUCCUGGAGAGUGCUUUGGGCUUCUGGGAGUGAAUGGGGCUGGAAAAUCAUCAACCUUUAAAAUGUUAACUGGAGACACCAGUGUGACAAAAGGAGAUGCUUUUCUCAAUAAAAAUAGUAUCUUGUCAGACAUCCAAGAAGUCCAUCAGAACAUGGGCUAUUGCCCUCAGUUUGAUGCUAUCACUGAGCUGUUGACAGGAAGAGAGCAUGUGGAAUUCUUUGCGCUCUUGAGAGGAGUCCCUGAGAAAGAAGUUGGCAAGGUUGGCGACUGGGCAAUUCGAAAACUAGGUCUUGUGAAAUAUGGAGAAAAAUAUGCUGGGAAUUACAGUGGUGGCAACAAGCGAAAACUUUCAACUGCUAUUGCUUUGAUUGGAGGGCCUCCAGUGGUGUUUUUGGAUGAGCCAACCACUGGCAUGGAUCCAAAAGCCCGCCGCUUCUUAUGGAAUUGUGCCCUAAGUGUUAUCAAGGAGGGAAGAUCUGUAGUGCUUACGUCUCACAGCAUGGAAGAAUGUGAAGCUCUCUGUACCAGAAUGGCAAUCAUGGUCAAUGGGAGGUUCAGAUGUCUUGGCAGUGUCCAGCACUUAAAGAACAGGUUUGGAGAUGGCUAUACAAUAGUUGUACGAAUAGCAGGCUCAAAUCCUGACCUGAAGCCUGUUCAGGAAUUCUUUGGAGUAGCCUUUCCAGGAAGUGUCCUCAAAGAGAAACAUCGGAACAUGCUUCAAUACCAGCUUCCAUCUUCCCUGUCUUCCCUGGCCAGGAUCUUCAGCAUCCUUUCCCAGAACAAAAAGAGACUCCACAUAGAAGAUUAUUCUGUUUCUCAGACAACACUUGACCAAGUAUUUGUAAACUUUGCAAAGGACCAAAGUGAUGAUGACCACUUAAAGGACCUGUCAUUGCACAAAAAUCAAACUGUUGUAGAUGUUGCAAUUCUCAAAUCUUUUCUGCAAGAUGACAAAGUGAGAGAAAGCUAUGUCUAAGUUACCCUCUCCUUUCUGAGAGAGAGGCUGAGAGACAGAAGGAACCAGAGGCCUUCCUUUGCAGGGAAGUCAAAUGUUCCAGAGGAAGGGUCGGAGGAUUUCGUGGAAAAGAAACCAGACUGGACCCUGUGCUGAUACUCUACAAUGCAAUGCAAUUCAAUGCAAUGAAGACAAAAAAAUUCCAUUACAGGGGCAGUGCCUUUGUAUGUAGUCUUUGCCUUGUUGUACGGCUCUCAAGUGAAAAGACUUGAAUCUAGUUUGUCAAUUUAGUCUAACUAUGGGAAACUGUAGAAUGGAACCCAUUGGGUUUUAAAUCGUCCCUUUUUGUUCCUUUUAUAUUUUUACUAGGGUUGCAACAAUAAUUCUUUGAGUAAUCAUGGCCAGUGAUUAUUUAUUGAAAUUAUAAAGCAUGCCCAUCCUUAGUCAUUCAAUCCUGGCAUGCCAGGAGUAGGGUUUCCUGGUGACACAUCCAUUGCUGGCAAUGAAUGCACCGAACCUGCUAGUGCCAAGAAAUGACAAAUUGAAGCACCAUGGCGUAAUGUAUGCUUUUUGUUGUUUUUUUUUUUUUUUGUGUGAAGGGAAAGCCUCAGUGACUGCUCUGUAAUUAAGGGACUGCUGAAAAAUCAGUUGACAGUCAACAAUGUGGAGCCACAAAUCAUCCCUUGGAAGGCAAUGCACUGCUUUGAUUGUCCCUUAUGUGAGUUGCUGCAGGAGUGGCCCCAUGCCAAAUUUUGGCUGCUCUGGACAGAUGGCCUUCUUAGUUCCUUUGUCACAGGAGAGUUUCCUGUUCUUCUUUCCUAUGACUCUUUGAGCCUAAUUUUAGUAAGGAGCCAAGACAGAGGAGCCAAACUGCAAGUAGAGAAUGAAUGCAACAGAUUCCUUGGCGGCACAUUGCUAAUGCUAGAGCACAUUUAGUAAAAGAGAGACAGCAUGCAAACUUGCUGGGUACUUUGUCCAUCUUUUCUCAGUUGUCCAAUAAAACGGUACCCUGCAUCUCAAGGUAAUUUUGUUCAACACAAAUGUAGUAGUAUUUCAGGCUCUGUGUAUUUCAACCAGAAUUUGGAGGGGGAAAAAAAGGUCAUUUUAUUUUAACAAAAGGUAUUGUACUUUUAAUGUUUUCCAUGUUAUUUGAAAUUUAAGUAUCGAUAUUAAGUAUUUUCUAAUUCAAUCAGUUUUUUGAAGAACAUUGUAGUGUAUUAUAGGGUGACUGCAAAACCUCAUAACCUGGGAUGUAUUUGUAGAUAUAUAACAGCACUAGUGAAAAUAAUAUGGUGUUAAAAAAAUCUCACUACAAUCUUAGAAUUGAAUAAUUUCAAGGUUGUUUGAAAUUUAUUUCAUUUAAGCCUAUCAGUCCAUAAGUAUUUUUUGAAAACUUCUUGCUGAUUAGAGGCACUUAAUCCCAGUAGAUUUCAUAUGUCAUGGUAUUUUACAUAUAAAUUGGUUUACAUAUGUUGGUUGGUGGAGAGAUACAGAAUCAUAACUACAGACUUUGUGUUGAGAAGACAAUCCCCUGAAACUAGUCAUUAACACCCUUCUUCAAGGAUCACCAAAUGAAAGGUGUCAGAUAACAACAGCUUAGAAAUGGUUAGAGACUCUGCAAGACCAAACAAAAACUGUAUAGAAAUUUGCUGACUUCAAAAGUGUACCUUGUUUACCGGCCACUACAAUACACUUAAAAAUGAUAGGCUUUGCAAAACCACAUUUGUAGCAGAUAAUCUUGUAGCCUCUUUUUUUUUUAAUUUAUUUAUCAUUGUUUUUUAAAUACAAAAAAAGGACAAUAUAUUGGUUUUUUUUUUUUUUUUUUGUUUUGUUUUUUUAAAGACUCUUAGCUGGCCUGAAAAUAGACAUAAUAAGAAUUACCUCCUUAUCAUGGAUAUGUCCAUAAAAAUUAGAUGAUGUUUAUAACCUUUGUAUUUUUUAGUGGAUAAACAUUUGGGAGUUGUGUGGAUGUUUUUUGCUUUAAAACAAUUCAAUUCAGUAAUACUUCAUGUAGCCUGCCUGGAUACAACAUAAAAAUAGGAGAGAACUACUGUGUAGUACAGUUGAAGUGCCUUUUUUCAUAUCAAGCUCCAUUUUUUAAAAAAGAUUUUAAAAACAAACCUUUUAAAGAGAGAUUUCAGAAAUUUUCAGGUUAGGUUGUAGUUUUGUUUAAAAUUAAUUUUUUUUAAUCAUCAGAGGGCUUAUUUGAAUGAUUAUCCACAAGUUUGUAAAAAAUUUGACUCCCGAGUAACAGCCUUUCAUCUCUUUAAAAGAUGAAUAUAUUUUCAAUAGUUCUUGCUAAGAGAUCAGCACAUUUUUGUUCUGACUACAUUCCUUACCUAAUGCAUAGAAGUUUCUAUUAAUGUAGAUUUUUGAGAUUCAAAGUGAUAGACUUCAAUUGGUUGUCUUUAUAAUCAUGAAAAUGAUCCAAAUCUAUGAAUAGUAGUAUUAUUGUUUUUUCAGACUCCUUUGACCAUAAAAAAAGAACAUUGAACUAAUAAACAUUUUUGAGAGAAAUAAUUUCAGCUUUCAAAACAAAAGUAUUUUCUUCUCCAUGUGGAGUCCCUCUUGAUAAGUUAUGUAAGAUAUUUCAUCUGAUUGAUUAUAAAAACUUAACUAAACAAAACUCAUUUUUAUAAAUCAGUUGAAGAAGAGAUUUUUUUUUUUAAAAUUCUAUGCUUAAAAUUAUAAAACUUAAUUUUGUCAACUCUCUGGAAACUUAAGAUUGUGGAUUUUAAGCCUUCCCAAAAACAAGCCUUGAAAGAUGUCUGCUAUUUUUUUUUUUUAUUUUCUUCUUGAUUCUUUGGAAUUUUGUCAAUAACUGUGAAUCUAAGAAAGAAGAAACAAAUCCUGAAACUACUGUGUUUUAAGUGUUCUGGGAGCUCUGCAGCUCUUGAAGAUUGUACGUCAUGUGUUCAUUGACUAUCAGUCAUUUACAAGGUGAUUUCUGUCGAUUUUUUUCCCCCUCUUAUAUCAGGUAAAAUUUUUCCAAAGAGCCAUGUGUUGUGUGGUACUGAACCACUUUGAUAAUGAAAUAUUCAUCUGAAUCCUUGUUACUAGAUGCUCUUUUAAAAAUUGUUGCAUCCCUUUUUAUAGUAUGUUAGUAUUUUACUAAGAUUAGGUAUAUUUUCCCCCUCACACCUCGUGAUAAAGCUCUGGUUUUUGUGCUUUUUCGAUAUUGUUGGUCCUUCAUUCCAAGCACUUUAUGCUGUCUGUAAUGGGAUCUAUUUUUGCACUGGAAUAUCUGUUAACUGCAAAAAAACUAGACAAGGUUUCACAAUAGAUUUCUAAGUUAAAUAAUUUUCAUUAAAAUGGAAAAAAAAAAAAGAAAAACUAUUGUCAGUAACUUUAUAUGAAUUAUUAAAAAAAUCAUAUUUCUAUGUUGUAUUGAGUCACGAAAAUAAAGCUGUGACAAUUC